AUGAGUGCCCGUGCGGGUAGUAAGCAAAGCGCUACAACAAUGGCGUCUACGUUUCGGACCGAAGAAGAGGAAGAGGAAGAAGAGGAAGGUUCUGAUCAGGAGAACCACGACGAUUACUCUGACGCCAGCACAGAGACAGCCUCGGAAGCCUCGAUACAUACGGGCUUCCGCUACUGGGUGCAAGAUGGAGAGAUCGUAACUAACUGUUUGCACAGUAGUGCUAGUGUUUUUUGAUCUAAUUGUCUAAUUUGUUUCGGGUCCAUCAAAGUCGAAAGAUAAGUUCUUUCUUGGCUCCAUGAAUAUCUCCACAUCUUUUUCUUGAGACAUCGAUCUUCUCACCAUUUUACUUUAUACAGGUAAAGAGCAAGUGGUUUACGAUUUUCAUCAAUUUAACGAUUGCGGUGAAUGCUGUGGUCAUCGGGCUUGAGACCGAUUACAGUUGCCACUCGACGACAAAUUGCGAACCCUCAGAAUUUGUCAUAUGGCAAGUAUUCGAAUACGUUUUCUUAAUCAUCUUCGUAGCAGAGAUGGUCCUGAAAAUCAUAGCGAUGGGCUGGCCAAAUUACUGGGGAGACGAUUGGUAUUAUUGUUUCUCCUCCUGUUUUUGGCUGGCUCUAUGUCUAUCUUUCAACAAUGAUAAGAUUUCGCUUCCUCGGAUUUAUGUGGAGGUAUACUAUAAUCAACACGACAGACGCUGACACUGGAUCAACAACAUGUUCAUGUUCAUGAUGGCAAGAAUUGGAACCACUCCAUGACUCUUUCAGGAACAAGUUUGAUUUUUUCCUGAUUUCGAUGGCAAUUAUCGAUACGUGGGUUAUGGCAAUUGUGGGAGGUGGUGGCGGAGGCCUGAAGAUCUUCUCGGUGCUUCGUGUGUUACGAGCCUUUCGCCUAGUGCGACUGGUAAAAUUACUUCGGCAGUUUAAAGAACUCUACCUUCUCGUGAACGGUAUGGUCGAAGCGUGCAAGACAUUAGUCUGGGUUGCAUGCCUGCUGCUUGUCAUACUGUACUACUUUCCUUCUUGUUUUUCAAGAAAAGUUCUUGUCGUGCUUUGUCGUCUUUAACUUUCAUUUUCACACGAGAAGUUUUUCUUUUUUCCGCUACUAUCAAUUGUGGUUGGAGUAGAUAUCCUAUUUUUAUUUUCUUCGUCUCCAGGGAACAUUAAAACCCGCCAAUAUCAGGUAUGUGAUUGGUAUAAUUUUCACCAUCUUGAUUGGGCAAAACACGGACCCUGCGCUAAAGUAUACGGGGGCGUGGUCAAAGGACGAUUAUUGGGGCAGUGUUCCUCGGUCGAUGUAUACUCUCUUUCAAGUGACAACAGGCGACUCUUGGGGCAGCAGGAUCGCACGACCAAUCGUACCAAUUUGCGAUGUUGAUGAAUACAAGUCGUCUAACUAGUACACUGACGCUGAUCGUUUUGACCUCCAACACCAUUGACUCCACUUAUUUUCUAAGAAGAUAGAACAACUGUGCUGGUCUAUUAGAAAUCAAAUGAUAUUAGCGAACAUCUUAGCUGCCCUUUGUGCUACAACGACCGAAUCGGAGUUACCUACAACCUUCCACUUCUUCUAUAUUGCCUAUUGUCCAAGUCUUCUCUCAUUAAUAUAGAAUUUGAAGUCUCCUUCUCGGUAUUAAACCUCAAAUUAGUAUAUUAGUCCGUAUAUCCCUAAGUAGAAAACGAAAACCACAACUACAACGACCAGCUCAUGAUGUUGACAGGUGAAGGAGUAUCCUGCGUACACCAUAUUUUUUCUGGUGUUCAUUUUCCUCAUCUCCUUUGGGUUGAUGAACAUCGUGCUGGGUGUCAUAUGCGAGAACGCGAUCUACGCAGCUAGUAAAAACACCGAGAACAUGCAGAAGAUAGUUCUGCGGCACCAGCAGUUGGUGAUAAACUCAAUAACGGCCAUUUUCGAAGCGGCAGAUACAGAUGGAAGCGGCGAACUCUCGAAAGAGGAAUUCGACGAGGCCCUUAGCAAGAAAGCGGUACCUCUAUUAAAACGACCUCGAGGACGAGGACCACCCCGUAGUGCUUGAUUUAGGUGCGUUUAUUUUAUUGGACACCCAUUAGGAGGUGCAUUCAUUUUACUGGACCCACCCCAUGCCCAUCGUAGAACAAGGGUUUUGGUAUUCUGGAAUUUCGAAAGUUUAUAAGUUCAAGUUCAAGUUCUUGUAAUUCGUUCAAGAAUCCAACGUAGUACAAAUACCAUGAUGUUUAUCUCUUACAUCUUCAGAGUUGAUGAUGUAUCAUCAGCAAACGUGAGAUCUUGUACUUGUUACGUCGAAAAUUUGAAGUUUUUACAAGUACAACAGACUACACCAUGUCCAUGACAUGACAAGACUACACCAAUUAUAAGUACUAGAAUUGGGAAAAGAUGGAGGGAUAAAGGAAGUGCAUACAUAGCAACAAACUAAUUAAAGUGUCUUACAUACCCCAUGAUUGGGUACACUACUAGUACUACUACUACUACUACUACUACUACUUCUCAGGUGAAACAAAAGUUAGAGUUGAUUGACGUCCCGCCGGAGGAUUUGAGGAUGUUGUUUGAUCUGUUGGAUAGCGAUGGCAGUGGGGAGAUCACAAUCGAGGAGUUCAGGAAAGGGUGUCUCAAGUUACAGGGAACAGCAAAGAGCCGAGAAAUGAUCAAACUCGCAGUCCAUGUUUCGACCUACAACAGCAAUUUGGACGACAUGCAGGACGCAAUGGAGGACCAAAAUAGAACACUCAAGAAAAUAUACAACAGGUAGUUUAGAUUUCAAUUUUCCUAUUCUUCACGUUGAUUUCUUACUUCAUUGAGAUUGAUUGCGUAACUUUCCCAUUCAUUGCCCAACUCAAUGAUGGCUUAAUUCAUAGUUGUGACUAUGAGUAUACUGAUCUAACAAACUACUACUUCAUCUAACUAAGUUGUCGCCAAUUGUUCAUAUUAUAUUUGUUUUAUCUUCUUGCAGUUGCUGUUAUUGGUUUCUAUUCUUGUUCUUGUCAUGAAGGAACUCAACGUCAACAUAACGAUGAUCCGUACGAACCUCAUGAUACCAUUAUGCAUACUUACUACUUCUAUCAAGAUUCAUACCACGACUACCACUUCUAAAUCCCAGAUUGUACGAUCUCGAGAAGCAGUACUUCCGACACGACCAAUCUAAGAAACCCAAGAGGCAUGAGGAGGACGACGUGGAAGAGAGGGCUACCACUGGAAAGCCAGUCUCAAUUCUUGGGGCCGUCGCUGCGGCUGGCAGACAUAUUGCACAGAGAAGAGGCGCGAUGGACCAAGAAGAAGAAACAGAGAAAAAGGAGAAAGAAGGAACUGCGUACGAAAUAUUUUUAUUUCUGAAUGGUUCUGGGAUUUGGUAACCUGAAUUUGAUCACAAUGGCAAGCAAGAAGAGAAUCCUUGGGAUCGAAUUCAGGUUACCGAAUACCUGAAGAGUACAAUUUCAGAAUUUCUAUUUGUUUGUUUGUCACUUGCCAUAAUUCAUUUGCCACUUACUAAACUAGACUGCUGAUCCUGUUAGUUUAUCCUGUUCCUGACAACAUGUAACCGCAGACAGACGAGCUCCUUUUGAUUGGAAAAAACAAGUAGCAUCCAACCUUUGAUAAAUCGGAAAACUUGUUUUCUUCGACAGGUUUGGCGAUCUCAGGCGCGGUUCGAUGGCAGCGUUGCGUGGCUUCAUGAACAAGGAUAGUCGACAACAGGGUCUAGAUAAUCUAGAUAGUGUCUAUGACGAAAAACCCGCAGCAGCUGCGGACUCAGGAGUCCCUCCGCCACCAGCACCUCCGGGCUAGAAGACGUUCAGAGAAAUAGAUACGACGCUGGUAUCAAUCUUUCUAUUCCCCUCCACCCACCGGAACGCUGCAUCCGGAGUUUUACCCUUCCGACAACCCCCUAACGCGAUUAAGCACAAAUAUACGACUGGCAUGACUGGUAUGGUCGUUUCCUGAAUGUUAUGAAAGUGGCUUUUCCGAAUCCGAGACCGAGGACAUAUGUGAGAAUUAAGUAGCACAACAUUGAAGAUAGAUUUUGGUCUCAUGCUCCUUUAGCUGACAUAUGAUGAUGUGACAUGAUGUUAGGACCUCCACUGAUUGGUUCUAGAAUCUAGAAGCAGAGUCAGCGGACUUAUACACGGAGGAACAUAUAGUUAUGCAUGCCAAGCCAUAUUUUGAUCAUAGUACGACGACUCAAAAAUGUAACCAACCAGUCUACUUAAAUAUUUUCGUGUUCUAACGCAGAACUUCGACUCAUUUAUCAUACUGAGCUUCGUCCUUCAAGAUUAUUGUUUCCGUUCAAGUUUCGCACCAAAGAAGUAGCUCAAGGAGUAGAAUAUAGUAAGGGUAAGUAGAAGUUAUGACUGCAGACCGUUGUAUCCCUGUGAUUCUGAAUAAUUUGCUAUAGCUGACGCAGAAACGCUCUUUGAAAUUAAAACGACCAACCUAACGUGUGUCUGAUUCUUAACACAAGCAAAACGAGUUUAAUUCAAGUGAUGAAGAAGAGCAAACAAAUACCGAAGGAUAUUUACAACUAGCAACAAUCCCAAACAAGGUUUCCAUUCCGAUAGCUAAGUGAUGAUCGUUAUUUAGAGGUUUCCCCAACCCGAGAGAAGAGCCUUACUACCCUAUCCAAGCCCAAAUUGAUGCAGCAAAGAAGUAACCCCCCUCACCCAUGCUUCCCCACGACAAACUGAAACUUCCGAACUGCUAUGAAAUUUGCGCACCCACGUGAGCUGAAUUCCAUUCCUCGCUUAAGUUUCCCCACACCAAAGAAGGUUUGCCAC